AUGCUGUUUGCGUCACAAGCAAGUUCAGCAGAAGAAGUAGAUACAAUAGAUGAGACAGUCUCUAGGAGCGGGGUCGGAGACAAGACCGAGAGAAUGGAUGAAGACAUUAGAAAGAAGGGGAUUCUGUAUCUACAACAGCAGCGGUUUGGAAAGAAAUGGCGAAAGGUUUGGUCCGUGUUGUACCACGAGAGCUCCUGCUCUAUCUCUCGCCUUGAGUUCUUUGAGUGCAAAGAUGGAGCUGGCAGCACGCUGGAGAGAGCCAACCGCAAACAGGAAAACAAAAAGGUGAUAAAAAUGACAGACUGCAUUCGUGUUUCGGAGGCUGAUGUCGAAGGCUGUCCACGGGAUUGUGGACCCUUUUUGGUUGAGACAACUGAAAAGACAUUUGUUUUCGCCGUUGAGACAGCUGAACUGGAGGAUUGGAUCCAGAAACUGUGUGAAAUCGCCUUUCCGAUGAGCUGGACAGAGAGAGGUGCAGUAAGAGGAAACAGUUUACAUGGUGAAUUUGAUGAUGUAACAAUGGCGGACAACACCCUCUACUGCAGCAGAGAAACUGCAAUGAAAGAUUUUAAGGUGACAGUGAGGCGCACAGAGGCUUCUGAGAGAUGCAGCCUGAAAGGAGUAGUGCUUCUACGGACUGAUUCUGACAGCCUUCUUCUGAAAGAACCUAAGACAGGAGAGGUUCUCUACGCCUGGCCCUACCGUUUCCUCCGCAGGUUCGGACGAGAUAAGGCAACAUUCUCCUUUGAGGCUGGGCGAAGAUGCGACUCUGGGGAAGGCAACUUUGAGUUCGACACAAAACAAGGCAACACCAUCUUCCAAUCCGUAGAGGCCGCCAUCAAUCUACACAGAGUCCAUUUGCCUGUGAAGCAGAUAGCAAGUGUGGAGCGAGAUCCCAUGCCCUCUUCGCCCCGAAUGAGAGCUGAAGAGACUUCUGUCUACAGUAUGGUGACUGAGGGAGCAAUCAGAGACAGUCUCAAACAACCCCAGAACCCUCAGCUUUCCAGACUUGAAGCCCCUACAGAGAAGCUUCUGACAGGAGUCAAGAGUCUGAACCUGGACACCAGGCCUCCGCCACGUAAGAACCAAGUCAAGAACUUCCGCAGCUGUCCCUUGGUCAACACAGAGGAUGAGAUGUAUUCCCGGGCCAUGGCGCCGGAUCCAGAUCGGGGAAGUCCAGGGGAGAAGAGAGAACCAAAAGACAGACGUUCCACAUGCUCCAACCCCGAGGACUCAGACUACUCGCUGCCCUUUGACACCAUUGCCAAGAAUGUGAUGGUAGACAUUUUGUCCGCAUCAAACCCUCCACCCACUUUAGUAGAACCCAGUUGUGAAAAUGACAAGAAAGGCAACAUAGAGAACACAGAACCGCUUUAUGACAUUAUAGAUGAAACUGCUAUCAGAACCCGUUUCGCAAACAAAAAAACGAAAUCGUACAAAAUCGAGCACAUCUAUGAUGAACCGGAAGGAUGCGGUGUGGCCCCAAGUGGGUCUCCAUCGCUCUAUGAUGAGCCGGAGGAGGUCAAAGGUCACGCUUGGAAGAUGUUGGGCACAGUAAUGGAUCCGACUGGUCACGAGUACCCGUACAACGCAUCUGUCGAUGACUACGCAGUUCCUGUAGCUCCCAGAAGAGCCUUGCUGUCAAAGCAAAAGGACAGUGAGGAAGAAGACUGUUCACCAUAUGAUAACAUCAUGGUGAAAGUAACGCAAAAAAAAUAACUAAGAACUGCUUCAGUAACUUAUAUAUGAGAACCAUAAUGAUUGGUGAUGCUCAGCUAUGUGGCAUCACCACUACAGAGGACAAUGAAGAAUGAAUGAAUGAAUUAAAUAUUUAAUCAAUUAAUAUGCAGAAUGGAAAUAGUUAUCAGAGUGCUUUACUGUUCUUAAAAAAGCUUUGAUCCAUGGAAGCUUGUUUUCAUCGGAGGGAAAAUAAAAUAAGUAAUUGUAACAAUUCAAACUUUUGGGGGGGGGAUUUGCAAUUUUGACUAUUUAUCGAUCUUCGAGUUUUAUAACUCACAAUUCUGACUUUUUUAUUGAAUUGUGUGAUAUAAACUCUGAGAAUUUCGAGUUUAUAUCUCGCAAUUCGCACUUUGUAACUCGCAAUUUCAAGUUUAUAUCUUUCUGAAAAAAAUGCAAGAUAUAAAUUCUUUACUUAUUAUAUCACAUUCCGAGUUUAUAACACAAUUUUGACUUUUUUCCUAGAAUUGUGAAAAAUUAACUAAAUUCAGAAAAAUCAAUUCAGAGAAAAGGUCAGAAAUUUGCAAUUGUCAGAAUUGUGAAUUGAUAUCUCACAAUCCAUACUUUAUAGCUCGCAAUUUUAUAUAUUUUUCAACUCAGAAUUGCAGAAUUGUGAGACAAAAAGUCGCAAUUACCUCCAGAGCAAAUUACCUGAAUCUUAUGCGUUAAUCACCCACAAACCAGUUUAACAAAUAACUUUGGCAGUCUCAGGAAUGUUUUUGGUCAUUCUGAUGAUCACAGACACACUCCUUUUAUAUAAAUUAAGCUCAUAGCAUUUUACAUAUAUUCGGAUGAGCCCACUUUUGGAUUUAUAACACAUAACACAGACUUACCAGAAGCAAAAUUAGUUAAGAGGGUUGCGCAAUGAAUAUUCAUUUUUUUAGUGCAAACAUAUAUAUAUAUAUAUAUAUAUAUAGACUGUAGGCCUAUUCAGAUGAGCACCCGCAAUCCAUUUUAAGUGAAUAUUACUUUAUGCAAACAUGUCUCCUUACUAUGCAAAUUUGGCUCAUAGAUAACGUUUUAUUCGCACAACUUUUGCAUUUUAAGGAGCCAACGCGGAUGUCUGAAUCCGCACAAAAAAGUAUAUCAGAUUUUGAUAGUCUGAUGUACUGUAUCCUCCACAACCUAGCACUUAGAACCAACCAGCAAGAUUGGAAUUUAUGCUAAGCAUUUGUAUUCACCACAAAUUCUGUGGCGUGUUGGCACUACUUGCACAAGCGCGCAGUGCAUUCCUCAUGAAUUCCUCUCUAAGUGUCCAAGUAGCAACCAUAUCUACUGUGACCUUCACUAUCUACAGUACAAAGGAGUAGUUGAUCUUAUCCGGUUGUAAAUCAAAGAGUAAUUUAGCUUCGAUUGAACAUGUGGCUCUAAUAGCCCUGCUUCUCUUUCCUUGUUUUUUGUUCUCAUUUCAACUGGAUUGAUGGGAGUUCACACAGGUAAUUAAAGUUCUGCAGAUCUCUUACAAAAUGACGCCCAUUACUUAAUCCUCUG